GUUACGCUCUUAUAUGUCACGCAUUUCGAAGCCUUUGGCACGCAAUGUGGGGCUUAUCGUUCACCCUUUGCCGAGUUAGAACGAGACAGGGCAUAACCGAGGGCUCUCACUCUGCCGGCGCCGCCUGACUGUUGCCGGCUGGCUAUGGGCCGCGUCACGCGGCUUCCCACUCUUCUGAUAUCGCCGAUUCCAGGAAAAUCUGCUGGAACGCAGCCAGUGCAUCGCGCGAGAUAACGGCGGGCUGCAGUGGGCGUCAGUCCUAUCUCAACGUCCUGGCUUUGCGGAACUCAAGAUCCCUGGUCUCUUCUGGUCGUCGGGCAAAAUCCUGUGACUGGACACCUUGACCCUUUGAAGAUGAAGUCCUUCUUCAUAUCGGGAUUUUCCGACACUUUGAAUUGGAGGCCCCUGUACUUCCAAGAGUCCUCCGUUGCGCACAUUGUAUGCUCCCUGUGCGGCGUGGUGUCGAGAAAUGUUGUCAGAUUGCCCUGUGAGCACACACUCUGCUCGGAAUGCCACGAGGAUUCCAAGAGGCGAGGGAGUACUUGUCCACUGGAUGAAGGAUCCUUCGCCGACGAUAACAUUCUUCACCUUGAUAUCUCGGGAGGUUACAUCCUGAACCAUACGGUAGCCUGCAGCAAUGCACCCAAUGGUUGCGACUUCAUAGGUCAAGCUUCCAGACUCGUGGAUCACUACAAGCAGUGCUCGUUUCACGUCGUGCCUUGCCCCAGGUGCCAAUCAUCAGUGCUAAGGACUGAGCUCGUGGGUCACUGUAAAGACGGCUGCAGUUCUGCGUCCACUACACCCGUGCCCAUUCCGUAUUAUAUAAACGUGAAUCAUGAUAACUUAGAAAGUACAAGCAGGGAACUGAAAAGAGAGAUGCUGAAGAUAUCCGAGGAUCUCUCCUGUCUUCAAACCAGCCUGAACCAGUGGCGUGAGGAAGUUCGAACAUUGGAGAAAAGCGCAAACGAGGAACUGAAGGACAGAACACUCAAGAUCUCUGACCAUCUCUCCGGUCUCCACACCAGUGUGGAACAGUGCCAAGAAUAUGUGAGGGAAGCAGCCAGAAACACCAAAGAGCAUUUGGUCAGAAUCGAAACUCAAGGUUUUGCUGCAGCAAAAAAAGAACUGAAACUUGCCAUUGAAGACACAGUGAAGACGCACAUGGCUCAGGAGUUACGUGUACAAUACGAAGAACUUAUGAAUGUUACGAAGGGUGUAUCCGAUUCCGUGCUUGGAAUUGGCGCAGACAAGGAAUUUCACUGGUACUUGAAAGGCUGGGAAGACUUAAAAAAGAAUGCUUCACACGUACAGCCUACGAACAUUGACAGCCCCUUACAGUAUGUAUGUGGCUAUAAUGUGUGCAUCCGUAUUUUGUUGCAACGAUUUCCAUCUAACACGCAUUUAGCGAUGGGUAUGUGUAUCCAUCCAGGUGUCAACGAUUCAAAGCUGGAAUGGCCCUUCAGCAAGACUUACACGCUCGGUGUCAUUCAUCCCAAAGACAAAGCAAAAAGAAAUAUUGGUAAAGUCGAUGCAAGUAAAUAUUCGGACGACCCGAGAUUCCAGAUGCCAAAACAAGGCGGUAAUAUAUGCUUUGGAAAGAUUUUCGGUGCCGCUAAUGAGCUCGAAUGCGAAGGCUUUGUUAUUGGCGAUUCGCUGCACUGCUUUCUCCAAUUUGAGCCGUAAUGUUCUUUUCCGGUAGGUUAAUAAUUUAUUAUCGAGAGGAGCAAAAAAUGUUCUGCUGCCUGGAAAAAAACGCUUACCUGAUCCAAAUAAACAUAAAACGG